CGCCACCGCCGCCACCACCGCCGGAUCGCGGCCCCUCCCCCGCCCGCCGGCCCCUCGAGCCCGCGGGGAGCGGACGCGCGUGGCGGCUACUCGAGGCAGAGGAGGUGUUUGUUAGAAGAUCACACAGAGCCUGGACCAGAGGAAAUGGACAAGACUAGCUUGGGGUGUUGUCGGGAGGUCAAGUUAAGUUUACAGGCUAUUAGACCAUAACGCUGUAAAAGAGAGAGUACUUCACAUGUGCUCUCAUCUGUAGAGACAGUGUAAGGAGGAGGUUAAGAAGAGCAUGGACUCUGGAGCUCUGCCGUUUGGAUUCAAAUUCUGGCUCCGUCACUGACUGUGUGAUCCCACGUGGGACCCUCGGCUUCAGGAUGCCCCGGGGGUGUGGAUGACCAGCGGCCCCGGCCCGGAUGCCGCCGCCCCGCGAGGGCCGCUCCCCGAGGGCCGCCGGUGGCCCUGCGCCCUAGCCUCCCCACCCGAGGACCCCGCGCGCCCCGCCCCCGCCUGGCCGCCCAGGGUAGCGGGAGCCGCGGGAGGGAGCCCCCCGAGCGCACCGAGCGAGCGGCCACGGCGCAGGGAUCCGGGGGCAGGGGCUCGGCGCCGGCCGCAAACAUUUUCCCCCCGCGGCUCGGCAAAAUGACCAGCCUGUUCCGCCGGAGCAGCAGCGGCGGCGGCGGCGGCGGCGGGGGCGGCUCGGCGGGGGCGCGCGGGGCCGGGGCCGGGGCCGGAGCAGCUGCCUCGCAGGAGCUCAACAACAGCCGGCCGGCCCGUCAGGUGCGCCGCCUCGAGUUCAACCAGGCCAUGGACGACUUCAAAACCAUGUUCCCCAACAUGGAUUACGACAUCAUCGAGUGCGUGCUGCGCGCCAACAGCGGCGCAGUGGACGCCACCAUCGACCAGCUCCUUCAGAUGAACCUGGAGGGCGGUGGCGGCAGCGUCUACGAGGACAGCUCCGACUCGGAGGACAGCAUUCCCCCGGAGAUCUUGGAAAGGACUUUGGAGCCUGACAGUUCUGAUGAAGAGCCCCCGCCUGUCUACUCCCCGCCAGCCUAUCACAUGCACAUGUUCGACAGGCCUUACCCUCUGGCGCCCCCCACACCACCUCCCCGCAUCGAUGUGCUGGGCUCCGGACCUGCAUCGAGCCAUAGGCGCUACCGUAACUGGAACCCACCCCUGCUGGGCAACCUCCCAGAUGACUUUCUCCGCAUCCUGCCCCAGCAGCUGGACAGCAUACAGGGUAACCCCAGCGGCUCUAAGCCCAGGAACAGCGAGGGAGGCCUACCCUCUGUGGCUGGGCCCGGGGCACGGGACCAGGAGAACCGCUGGAAGCAGUACCUGGAGGACGAGAGGAUUGCGCUUUUCCUGCAGAAUGAGGAGUUCAUGAAGGAGCUGCAGCGCAACCGGGACUUCCUGCUGGCCCUGGAGAGAGAUCGUUUGAAAUAUGAGUCCCAGAAAUCCAAAUCCAGCAGCAGCUUGGCUGUGGGAAACGACUUUGGCUUUCCGUCUUCUGCCCCAGGAACCAGUGACGCCAAUCCUGCUGUGUCUGAAGAUGCCUUAUUCAGGGACAAGUUGAAACACAUGGGAAAAUCCACCCGGAGGAAGCUGUUCGAGCUGGCCAGGGCCUUCUCCGAGAAGACCAGGAUGAGGAAGUCAAAGAGGAAACACUUGUCCAAGCACCAGUCGCUGGGAGCUGCGGUGUCAACAGCUAACCUCCUAGACGACGUGGAGGGCCACACUUGCGAUGAAGACUUCCGGGGACGGCGACAGGAGGUACCCAAGGUGGAGGAAGCCCUAAGGGAAGGACAAUAAGAGAUGCCAGCAGUUCCUCCUUGCCGGAGAUGUCUGACUCGGUGGAGGUGGCCGGAGAGCCAAACCGGCCCCCAGCUGAAGGGCCCAGCUGCCACCAGACAGAUGGCGCCGAGGACUGAGGCCUGGUGAUUCUCCAGCCACGGUCCAGCCCCACCACUGCCACCGUCACUGCCACUUUCCAUGGGACUUAGAACUUUGGAGUUUUGUGCUGUGAUUGGAGGAAGGACCUGGGGCCCUAGGGGCAGCAGCCCAUCCUAGCCCCUCUUGUAGCCAGGCUGUUCUGUGGGCCAUGAGUGGAAAUGCAGGAACCACCACCACGUACCCCCACCCCACCGCCCUGCCGCUUACUUUAAAAAAAUCCCAGAAAAAAGGCAAAGGUUGGAGUACCCGAAAGGGCAGGAUGGUGAAGCCCCUGAAUGGGGAGCCCCUGCCCCCCUCCUUUCCCCAUCUCUCCUUCUGGGCCCCAGAUACUGCCUGACCCUCUAUCCCCAUCCCCAGCUCCCAUCUGGGCACCUUGCGUCCUUUAUUCCCAUGGCUUCCUGCAUCUUGGCCUUUCCCCCAGGCCUGCCGUUCGUGCAACCCCUGGCCAGAGCCAUGGGUGGGAGAGCGCUGGGCAGUCACUCAGGCCCCUCUGAGGAGUGACGGGCCACUAUAGAGAGUGAGUUACUGGCCACCCUGCCAGGGCCCCACCAACUGCCUCUGUUAGGGGUUGGCAUGGGCCCCUGCCAGGGAUGGGGAAGGUGGCCACCCUGGAGCUGGGGGACUCUUGGCUAGGCAGGAGUGUUCUGGACUGUGGCAGAAGACAAAAGCGGGUUCUGGAUGGGACCCUGCAGUCACUUAACAGUGGGGGCUCAUGGGGGCUCUGAGUAGAAGUCCUGCUGUCACUAAGGGUGGGCAGCAGCAGGUUCUGAGGUGACCCUUGAGAAAGUGCAGGACUGAGAAGCAAGGGGAAGAGGUGGCCAGCUCUGUGGGGGUGCCUGGGGCAGAAGGGCUUCCUGGUACCUCUCGCCAAGAACAAGACAGUGAAUGGUUUGCGAAGGCACACUCCGGUUCCACAAGCCUUAUCGGGCACCAACCACUGCCAGUGGGAGGGCGGCUGGCCCAGUCUCUCCGGCCAGCCUCCAAGAUGGGAACGCGCUGACCUCUCUGGAGAGCCAGGGAGCCUGGGCAGGCACGAGGGGUUCCCCCUCCUUCCCUGCAGUGGGGAACCUGCCCAGCCCAACAUUGCUAGGUGGGGAGUGGGAGCCCGGCCUUGGCCGGACCUGGUGGCCACACGUCACCCCGAGAUAAUGAGGGCGUGGCGGGCACAGUCGCACCUCGUUCCACUGAGGCCCCGGUCCACUGGGAGGCUCAGCUUACCCCGCGCACUCCGGAGAGGCGGCCCCCUGGGCUGGGGGGACGGACACGCCUCCGCCUGACCAAGUUUGGCGGCUGCACAAGGCCUGGGGCGCUGGCACGGGGACCUCCUGCCCUCCGCUGCUCCCUGCGACCCGGCCAGAGCUCCCCCGACCGCCGCAAGCCCCCAGGCCGCCAGGCCAAGCUCCAGAUGGUCUGGCCCCUGGGGCAGAGGAGAGGCCCCCCGGGCUGUGGCCCUGACCCCUCCCAGCGCAUGGUGAGGGAAGCCUCAGCCCUGAGUCUGUGUGUGUUGCUUUGUUAGUUGUGUUUUCUCCUAUGUGUGGGUUUUUUUCUUGGAGCUGUUUCAUAGGAAUUCCUGUAAUAAAGACUUGGUGUUCUCUUGGUGCUCUGA